GGCUGCCGAACGGGCCCUAAGUUAGUAAAAGUCAUAUCUGCUGCACCUGUCAAGUACAUUCGAUGUUCGCUGUGCGCAGAUUCAGACCGAAGUCAUCCUCCUUCGCCAGAGGCAAUGCCACUCUCCAGCAACCUCCAUCAGAAAAGAAAGUCAAACCUUUAAAGACACGUCGUCCUAAAAUUUCGUCGGAGUAUCCUCGCACAUGGAACAGACCACUCGCGUUCGGGGUGUUGCCUGCUUUUGACGAAGCCCUCAAAGUCAUCAAGGAGGACUCGGUUCUACUGAAGAAAGAGGUGGAGUCGUUGAAAGAUGCACUUAAGCAGGUGGAGGAGGCUCCGGAGAAAGACGAAGAUUUGGUGAAGGUUAUGAAGGAAAAGUUGAGUAUUCUGGACGUUCAAAGCGAGGUUAACUUUCCUGAAGUGAGAUGGAAAUGCACAAAUGGCCUAGCUGAUAUGAGCAAAGCUGUCGACCGGCAUAUUGUAGAGAAGAAAUGGAGAAAAGAGGGAACUCUGGAUUUACUGAUGGAACGUAUCCAUCAAAUGAAUGUUGUUCCCGAUGUUCUUCCUUCCCUACAUCCUUCGUUCGAUCUCCGUGUCGUCUUUCCAGAAGCGCCGUCAACAAAUACUACGCCUAGUUCCAAGUCUGGCACCAAAUAUGCUCAAGUUGAGCCAGGCAUUUACCUCACUGCGGAGCAGACUCUGAGUGCCCCUACGCUGUAUGCGACUGUCUUUCAUACAGACGAACGGCUUUAUACUUUGAUGAUGGUUGACCCAGACGUACCUGACGUGUCAAACCAGACAUACCAGACAUACCUGCACUGGCUUCAGCCCAACGUCCGCUUGUCCGCCACGACUUCAUCUUUAGCUAACUUGGACCAGCAUACACCCUACGUUUCCCCUCAUCCCCAACGCGGUACACCAUAUCACCGUUAUGUUAUGCUCCUCCUCCCUCAGUCCUCAGAAAUUUCUGCACCCAAAUUGUCGAUGGACGAACGUCUCGGAUUUUCUGUGAGAGCUUUCAUGGAUAAGUACGGCUUGGAUGGCAGUGUCGGUGGAGGCGCGCAUAUGUGGAGAGAAGUAUGGAGUGAAGGUGUUUCUUCCGUCUAUCAGGGCACCCUGAAAUGCGAAGAGCCCAGGUUUGGUAGGCCUCCGAAAAGAGACCCGUAUGCGGAUAUCAGGCAGAAGAGACGAUAUGUGUAGUGAUAAUAUCUCUGAUCUUAAUCUGGUUUCAAAUAGACCGUCAUCCUAAAUAUCGCAUCAUUUUUUUCUGAGUUCUAAUCUACCUACUUAUUGAGUCCAGCUU